AGUUUUUCAUUAUUUACUUAUAUUUUUUAAUGCUUUGUUUUACUUUGUAAGCCUAGAAGAAAUCCUUAAAAACACAUCCCUGUGUCAUCAGUUGUUAUUUCUAUUUCAGAGAUUAAACUAAGUCUCGACAAGUUGCUUUGCGCCUGUCCUCAAGAAAUGUUGUGGAUUUGGACUUUAGCUGCGACGGUGGCGACAGUCCUGGGCAACGAGUUCAGUCAAGUUGUGUGUAGACAUGUAUCAGUUGUUGCUAGCAACCUUUGGUUGGCUAGAGUUCACUCAACAGUUCCUCUAUUUCUAACUGAUGUCAUAAGUCAACACGGAGGAGACUUACUGCUCUCGCGAGAUGACGGGAAGUACUUCGAGAUUCAGGGCAGAGCGGGGUUCAACGUGACCACUCUCUGUUUGACAGUACAGGGCAUUUACGAUGGUGACGUCACCCCAACUGUCACAAUGGAGGUGUCUCCGGAGGAACACGAGGCCAGAACGAAGCGAGCUACACACGUAUGGUCGCUGUCGUCGGUCCCGCAGACUACAGACAAAAAGGCUCUGCUACAUUCGUUUGAACCUUACCACCAACUGUGGGGAGAGGAGACCCUGUCCGCCUCAACCAAGCAUUCGUCCAGCCCUGCCCUCUCGGUGCACUAUCCUAAAGGAUCCUACGUGGGCACUUCAGUUCGUGGAGCUGGAUUUUUUACAACUCCUACAAACCUACACGACGGAGUUACGUCCUUGAUACUUAAAUAUGACGUCUACUUUGAGAAUUUCGGCUUUGGAAUUGGCGGGAAAUUACCUGGACUUUACGGCGGUGACAAAACAGACGGCGCUUAUAAGUGUUCAGGUGGAAACAACCCUGGGACGUGCUUCUCUUUAAGAUUGAUGUGGCGAGAGAACGGUGAUGGUGAGGUCUACGCUUACAUCCCACGUGAGCAUCAAGCGAGUGACUUUGAGCACCGACCUGACAUUCACAUUAACUACGAAAAGGGACAUUCCCUAAUGAGAGGAGCGAUCAGGUUUAGGAGUGGAUCCUGGCAGACGGUGACUGAAGAGGUUCACUUGAACACUCCCCAGCAGGCCAAUGGGCGUGUCAAGUUCUGCCUGAAGCACGGAUCGGAAGCGGAAGUGUGUAAGGAAGCCACGCGCCUUAACUUCCGAAACCAUGACGACUACUUCCUUCGUGGUUUGUUUUUUUCGACCUUCUUCGGGGGCAGCUCCAGCAACUACGCGGCGCCCAAUGACUGCCAUACUUACUUCAGGAACUUUGAACUGACCAUUCCAUAAAAUACUGUCUUGGGUUGACCACUGUCCAGUGGACAACUGAUCAGUUGACGACUUUUGAAUUAACAAUUAUUUUUGUUCAGUCUGUUUCGAAAUGAAAGUGAAAACUUAAAGAUAUUUCUGCAUCGUCCAUUUCAAACUUUGACUUAGAAAAUAAAAAUCUUGGUAUAAGUA